CCGUCUUGUACCUCCUAGUCGUCCUCUGCAACUGACCAGGCUCAACAGCGGAAAGGAUGAGCUUCGUAUGCUGGCCGGGGCGGCCUACGUGACCGAAUAUCAGUAUCCGUACCUCAACAAUACCCCCCCUCCCCGUGCACGCAGCCCCGAAAUGACACCUCUCUGUUAGAUUCACCGCAACAUCAUGGGGCGAGGAAACAGUGCGGGAAAGACCAUAAGCUCACUCUCCACCUUUGUUCUGCUCGUGUCAAACACGUCCGAGAUCGUGAUUCCAGUGUGGCCGCCUUAUUUUGUAUGCGGCUGGACUCGCAGCCCUCCCUGAGCAAACAUGCUUGUCACUUUAGUCUUUCGGACAGGAAAUUGCCAGAAGUGACAGUGGAAACCGCCCAUCAGGUCUUUCCAUUGCAGACACUAGCCUCCGAAGAUUCCCACUCACCUCUUCACUAGCGUCCCCUUGUCCAUGUCACUCUCAUGGACAAGGUCAAUAGGGACCCACCCCCUUCCCAUUCAACCCAUCCAUUCCCGUUUCGUCUCCAGACUGUCGGAUCCAUUCACUUGCUGUCAAUACCACAUGCCACAAACCUAGAUAAGCGAGGCAUGAUUCCCUGCUCGAGACUACUUUCCCAGAUCCUCGCUUAACCUCGAUUACCCUACUCUCCUGCUGGCCUCCCAUCUGUUUCCUUUGCCCACCUCUCCCACCGUACCAUCGCCUUGCCGAGCGGUCUCUGCACCAGACUCAAGCCCAGCCUACCCUAGUGAUGGCGGUGCUCGACCCUAUCUUGUCCCAUUCUGGGGGAAUAAUGGCGACUGCUUUCUCCCUCUCCAGCCUGGCUGUUCUCCUUGUCCUAGGCCUCCUCGGAUUCUUGUCGGCCUCGACCUACUCCACAUGGCGCCGUCUCAAACACAUUCCUGGGCCACCGUCCGCUGGUCUCAGCAAGUGGUGGAUGCUGCGUAACACCCUUGGUGGGAGCAUGCAUCUGGCUCUGAAGGCGGCCUGCGAUACCCAUGGUAAGAGGUGGUUGGUUGGCCACAGCCCAGGCCCCCAAGUUCUCGGAUCUCUUUCUCGUCAACACCAAACGAGACAUGCAGAUGAUGGUCCUUGCGCGCCAGCCUGAGACAUCUGUGUAGGCCGAGCGCAUCGCGGCAAGGGAGACAGACAUGCUGUUGGUCAAAUUCCGAGCAUUGCUGACUGGCGGUUGUGUGUACAGGCCACAUCGCCCGCGUCGGACCCAAGACGCUCGUGACGGACGAUCCGGAAGUCGUGAAGCGUAUGUGGGCCGUCCGCUCCAGAUACAAGAAGGCUGAUUUCUACGACGCCGUCCGGUUCGACCCCACCCGUGACAACAUCAUCUCCCAGAGGGACGAUGACCUGCACAAUGAGCUGCGGGCGAAAAUGGCUGCAGGAUAUGCCGGGAAGGAGAACGAGGGACUGGAGCGCGGAAUCGACAAGGGCAUCAUGGCGUUCAUCGGUCUCAUUGAGCGCGACUAUGUUUCCGAGGGUGCCAUAUUCCGCCCUAUGGAUCUGGCUAGAAAGGCACAGUACCUGACCAUGGACAUCAUCGGCGAUAUUGCCUUUGGUGCAGACUUCGGCCACCUCGCCCAAGAUGCCGAUGUUCACGAGUAUAUCGCUAGAACUGAGGCUAGCAUGCCCGUGAUGAUGAUUGUCAGCGUCCUGCCGAUCCUGGCGAGGGUGAUGCAGCUGCCGCUGCUCCGUCGCCUCAUGCCUUCAGAGGAGGACCCUCAUGGGUUUGGAAAAUUCAUUGGCGUGGCCAAGCGUGUGGUAGCUGAGCGGCUCGGACCAAACGGAAUUGACCGCAAGGACAUGCUCGGGUCGUUCCUCAAGCACGGCCUGAGCCGGGAGGAAGCCGAGGGAGAAGCUCUGGUCAACAUAAUUGCGGGCUCUGACACAACCGCCACGGCUAUCCGGACGACCAUGCUCUACCUGAUGAGUUCGCCCCAGGCCUACAGGAAGCUCGCACACGAGAUCCGCACAGCAGCUGCAAAUGGUCAAAUCUCCAGCCCCAUCACGGACGAGGAGGCACGUACCCUCCCGUACCUGCAGGCGGUCAUCAAGGAGGGGAUGCGCGUGUUCCCGCCCGUGACGGGCUUGAUGCCGACAAUCGUACCUCCCGGUGGCGACGUCAUCCGUGGGAUCCCUGUGCCCGAGGGCACGGAGAUUGGUUGGUCGGCUUUUGGGGUGCAGCACAACAAGGGUGUGUAUGGCCUCGAUGCGGAGACAUUCCGGCCAGAACGCUGGCUUGAGGUCAAGGACGAGCUGCUGCUCCAGGAGAUGACCAGCACGUGGGAGCUUGUAUUCAAGUACGGCAAAUGGCAGUGCCUUGGAAGGUCUGUCGCCCUGCUGGAGCUGAACAAGAUCUUUGUUGAGCUUCUACGUCGGUACGAUUUCGGACUGCUCAACCCCCCUUCACCGUGGAACUCAUUCAGUGCUGGAAUCUUCAUCCAGUCAGAGCUCUGGGUCAAGGUGACCCGGAUCUGAGGAUGAUGGGACCAGCACUCGAUAUGGGUGACCCUCGCCAAGUUGGCCCUGAACGUGCACAUGACCUUGUCUUUGUUUCCCAAAGUUUACUUUCACAUACCCAGGGUGGCAAAGGAAUUUUUUUAUUCUUCUUCAAAUGGCAAAUUAAGCGGGCGUAAUCGAUGAAUUAUGGCUUGGCCAAGCAGUGCAUCCGGCAAGGGUGGCCUGGGUUCACGAGGAUGUGAUGCCAUUGCGUGUGAGUGGUCGGGGCAAUGUCAGUAGAGAUGGCAGCAGAAAAGAGUGGUUAGACUCGGUCUCGGGCAGAGGAAUACCCCCAAAGAAUUAAGCUGUGUAUAUUUCGU